AUGAAAGAUUUCUUCGUCAUUUUAAUCGUCGCGAUCGGAUUUUCGCAAUGCCAGAAGGAGAAACUCCUGGUCGACAAGAUCCGGAACAAUUUCCUGAACGCUGAAAACGACCUGUGGAAUUUCGCGCUUCACAGCAGCAAAGAAAAUGCCAUCGAUCCAGGCCUGGAACUCGUGAGAAAGUUCAAGGAUUUCGACGAGCAAGUCCAACUGAUGCCUCAAGAUAUUUUAUAUGGCAUGGAUGAGAUUCGAAAAUCCGAAUACUUUCUGCUCAUCUUCUCCGAUGUGAGGGUCAUCAGCGAUUUGUACGAAAAAUUCAGGAGAUACCAGAAGGAUUUGCUGUCGACCACUAAAAACGACUACUCGCUGUACAGGCAAAUGGGAGAAACGUCCCACAUCGUAGAAGACAUUCUCAAUGACCCGAAGAACAACGUCAAUAAAACUGUACUGGAUAUUUACAAUCGAGUCUUCAAUGGAUCCUCGUUAAUCGGAGAUUUAUAUGAAAACUUAAUUUAUGCACAUCCCUUCACAUGCAAUUAUCUAAUUCAUUCGCGCCAGCAAGUGUUUUACAAUUUGUACAACUUGAUAGCCCUAACUGACCUCAAGGGCUACAUAAUGACACAAUUUGCUUACAUGGCUCUUAGGUUACAAGAAACAGGAAACCAUUCAGAACUAUCACUGGCAGCUAGGAGCCAAUAUGAGGAGAGAACUCUAAUGUUAACAACAGAUUUAGCUCUGUAUAUGAAUUCACAAACCAAUAAAAUGCACCGAUGUGAUCCUAAGGUACACGUAGAAGGAAAAACGUACACACAACUUACUCAGCUCAUACAGGCGCAUAUUGAGAACGAAGCCGAUAUGAAUCCUGCAAGUUCGUGCAAGCAAACCUGCUCUACUUACUCUUCGGCUACGAGUUACAGAUGCUACGACAGCUCCAGCGAAUAUUGCAAUAAAAGGAAGCCCUGCAACGGCAAGAUCUACGAUUGCAGAUUCAUGCAAUCGCAUUUUACAACCUGCAUAUCGCCCAGCAAUAGUUUACGAAGGUACGAAUUCAUAGAUUUGAAAAACAAAGUGCUCGGAGAGAAAACUUAUUGCUCCAAUCGCGACGUGGACAGUUGGACGAGAUGGUUCGUGCACUGCUCCUACUGUCUUUGCUUCUGCGAUCAACAAGGACCGGAAUCCGAUAGAUAUUUCAAUCUGAGACCGGUCAGGUCCGACACGGCGUCCAAUAAAGUGGUGACAGGUAUGAGGCUGAUAAAGCACAAUCGCAUCAUCCACAUACAAAUCCAAGAAGGGAAAUUACUGCCGCACGGUUACAUCGAUCAGAAUACGACGAGAUGGGUGCCAGUGGACAAUUAUAAAAUCACCAAUAACGGCGUUAAGAGAGGCAGUGAUUAUCACACGAUGGACUACUUCAGUAGAUCGUUGUAUUUGGAUACUGUGAAAACGACAGGACAAAACACCCUUAUUACAGGAGUAAAAUUUGUUAUGAUGGGUUCCGGACUGAGACUCCAAAUAAUCGAAACUCCGUUCGAUUUUAGUACUGGUCGAUUACACGAUGAUGAAACGAGUGAGCUAAUGGCAAGAGGCACCAGACGGAAAUUGCUCAUGGAGAAACCUAACAUCCCAAUAUACUCGAAGGAAAGCAAAAAAUUCGACACGAACACGUAUUUUAUUGAUUUCACCCACACGGAUUUGGACGCAGACGCCGGCCAAACGACGGUACCGUUUAUAGACAUUCAGCCCGUUUACUCGGACCCGGCGGUACCAUUAAAUUCCGCUGCUAUUUACUAUAAAGGCGGUAAGGGUUCAGGUGGUUUCAUUGGAAUGGAAAUAGGGACGUUCGAAUACAGCGAUAAAUUGCAAUUCGAUUUUCCCAAAGCGAAAUCGAGGGUAGACAGCGAAGAAGUUUUUUCAGUUUUACCGGCUUAAUUAA